GGAAGGAUUUUUACUCAACAAGAGGCGUCGCGGACGUCGCUUAGAGAAAGCGAGCCUCUCAUCACUCAUCGCCCUACACAAACGUCGACAAAAUUGCUCAUCACCGCUCGGUUCACGAUUCUUUCCCAUUGCCACAAACUAGCACCGUCUAAGAGUUGCGAUGGACAUGGAACGGUCUAAUUCGAGGUAUGAACACCGAGAAGAGAGGGGUGAUCGAGAUGAUUCUCCAAUGAGAGAACACUGGGAUGGAGGAGCUUAUGAUGAUUUAGAACAGAAUGGGAUUGAUAAAUCGAGCAAGCACCGGAGCAAGGAUAGGAAGAAGAGUAGCCGCAGUGAAGACAAGGAGCAUAGGAGUAAAGACAGAGAACGGUCGAAGAGAAGUAGCGAUGAUGCUUUGAAGGAAAGAGAGAAAGAGGCCAGAGAUUCAGAGAAGGAUCGAGUACCCAACAGGGAUAGGAGGAAGGAAGAUAGAGAGGAGUGGGAGAAGCAUAGGAGCAGAGAUAUUAAGGUGAGGGAGAAAGACUAUGAUCGAGACAGAAAUAGAGGGAAAGAGCAUGAAAGGGAUAAAGACAGAAAAGAUCGAGGGAAGGACCGUGAGAGGGAGAGGGAGAGAGAGACAGAGAAGGAUAGCGAUCGAGGACGAGAGAAGGAGAGGGCAAAGGAGAAGAAUAGGGAUAGGGAUAAUGAUAAAGAAAGAGAAAAGGAAAGGGAGAAGGAUAGAGAUAGGCAUAAAGAUCGGGAGAAGGAUAGAGAAAACUAUAAGGAUGUGGAGAGGGAGAAGGGGAAAGAUAAAAAUAGGGCGAAGGAGCGGUUGGCAGAUCAAGAUAAAGAGAGGUCAAGAGAAAGAGAUAGAGGGAGCAGGAAAAUUCCAGAGGAAGAUUAUGAUUGGAGCAAGGAUGAGGGAAAGGAUGAUAAGCAUAAACUGGACUAUGAAGAUAAUAGGGAUAGGGAUUCUUCAAGGCAAGGGAAAGUGUCCCAUCAUACUGAUAUUGAGGAAAACACUGAGGGCUCAUCAAUUGGAGUGCAGCUGUUGACCUCAGAGCUUGAGGAGCGCAUUUUGAAGAAGAGAGAAGAGAGAUUGAAUAAAAAAUCUGAGGGUGUUUCUGAGAUUUCAUCAUGGGUUAAUCGGAUUCGUAAGCUCGGGGAGAAAAGGAAUGCUGAAAAAGAGAAAGCCUUGCAGCUCUCAAAGGUUUUUGAGGAACAGGACAAUAUUGGUCAAGGAGAUAGUGAAGAUGAGGAACCAAGUCAGCAUACUGCUCACAAUCUGGGAGGGGUGAAAGUUCUUCAUGGCCUUGACAAAGUAAUGGAAGGUGGGGCAGUUGUUUUAACACUCAAAGAUCAGAAUAUACUUGCAGAUGGUGACAUCAAUGAAGAUGUUGACAUGCUUGAGAAUGUUGAAAUUGGAGAGCAAAAGCAGCGGGAUGAGGCUUACAAGGCUGCAAAGAAGAAAACAGGGGUCUAUGUUGAUAAGUUUAAUGAUGACCCUGGUGCAGAGAAGAAAAUGCUGCCACAGUAUGAUGAUCCCACUGUGGACGAGGGGUUAGCUCUGGAUGAAAGAGGACGUUUCUCUGGCGAAGCAGAGAAGAAACUCCUAGAGCUCCGUAAAAGGAUAGAGGGGAGUGCUUCCACAAACAAUCGCUUUGAAGAUCUCAACUCAGUUGGGAAGAUCUCAUCAGAUUACUUUACUCAAGAAGAAAUGCUUCAGUUCAAAAAGCCCAAGAAAAAGAAAUCCUUGCGGAAGAAAGAGAAGCUGGAUUUAGAUGCCCUUGAAGCAGAAGCUCGCUCUGCUGGUUUGGGUGUUGGGGAUCUUGGUUCUAGGAAUGAUGCGAGACAAGCCAUCAGAGAGGAGCAAGAAAGAGUUGAGGCUGAAUUGAGAUACAAUGCAUACCAGGCAGCUUAUGCUAAAGCCGAUGAGGCAUCAAAAUCACUGCGGUUGGAACAAACACUUCCUGUUAAAUUGGAGGAAGAUGAAAAUCCAGUUUUUGCUGAUGAUGAUGAGGAUUUUCAUAAAUCUUUAGAAAGAGCAAGGAAAUUAGCUCUUAAAAAGCAAGUGGAGGAGGCGACAGCUGGUCCUCAAGCAGUUGCACUUCUUGCUGCCAGCAUUCAAACUGCAGAAGAUCAAAAUCCCACAACUGGAGAGUCUCAAGAAAACAAGGUUGUCUUUACAGAGAUGGAGGAGUUUGUCUGGGGUCUCCAGCUUGAUGAAGAAGCCCGCAAGCCUGAAAAUGAAGAUGUCUUUAUGCAAGAAGAAGAUGAAGAGCCAAAAGCUUCUAAUGAAGAAAUAAAAGACGAGGCUGGAGGAUGGACUGAAGUUAAAGAUGUUAGUAAAGAUGAGCACCCUACUAACGAGGACAAGGAGGAGAUAGUACUGGAUGACACUAUCCAAGAAGUUGCAGUUGGGAAAGGAUUAUCAGGUGCGCUACAGCUGCUUAAAGAGCGAGGAACACUCAAAGAAAGUAUAGAUUGGGGUGGCAGAAACAUGGAUAAGAAAAAGAGCAAACUUGUGGGCAUCGUAGAUGAUGAUGAAAAAAAAGAAUCAAAGGAGACUCGUUCAUCAUCUUUGGUUGAUCAUAAAAAGGAAAUUCGCAUUGACAGGAGAGAUGAAUUUGGGCGAAUUAUGACUCCAAAGGAAGCCUUCCGGAUGAUUUCGCAUAAGUUUCAUGGGAAGGGUCCUGGCAAAAUGAAGCAAGAAAAGCGCAUGAAGCAAUACCAGGAAGAAUUGAAGUUGAAGCAAAUGAAGAAUUCAGAUACACCAUCACUAUCUGUGGAGAGGAUGAGGGAAGCUCAAAUGCAGCUAAAGAUGCCCUAUCUUGUCCUUAGCGGUCAUGUUAAACCAGGGCAAACCAGUGAUCCUAGAAGUGGCUUUGCCACUGUGGAGAAGGAUCUCCCUGGGGGCUUGACACCCAUGCUUGGUGAUAGAAAGGUUGAGCAUUUCUUGGGGAUAAAGCGUAAAGCAGAGCCAGCAAACUCAGGCACACCAAAGAAGCCUAAACCUUGAAGGGUUAUUUAUGGUGGAAUUUGGGGGCGGAGUUUAGUGUUCUCAUUCUAACACGAAGUGCCAGCAGAGGUCUUUAGCGAGUUGCUUUUCUGCCACUGUAAAUGCUGCAGCCCCACUGUAGCGAAUGGCUGAUCUGCGUUCCUGCUAUUUACUGUAAAUAAAUUUAAUUUGUAAGAUGCAACAGAAAAUGGUUAUGGUUUAAAUUGCCCGGUGGAAUUUGGCUGUGAGCCAGAGGAUUAUAGAAUAAUAUCUACAAAUUUUGCUCA